AUGUCCGUAAACGACUAUACUGCCCUUGCAGCUCGCAGGGCAGCCCAAGUUGCCAGCGGAGCAAGGUUCAUCGCCACAAUAAGUCUACCCGGCACUCUUCCGGGCCCCGACGCUCGAUUCAGCCAUGUCCAUCUUGAUGUCGUAGGCCCGUCGCCUCUAUCCAAUGGUUUUAACUAUCUUUUUACUGGCGUCAACCGUUACACCCACUGGGCUGAGGCCAUCCCUUUGCCGAACGUGCAGGCAGAAACCAUCGUCAAGGCCUUUGUCAAUCGUUGGGUCGCCACUUUUGGUGCGCCAUCUACCGUUACCAUUGAUCGCGCCGCCCAGUUCGAGUCUGAGCUUUUCAACACACUCCUCGAGUCUCUUGGUUACACUCGCAGCCUACCACACCGCUGCUAA